GGAAAAAAACAUGGAAAAGUCACACGUCAAGUUGCGAAAAAGUCUCUCUAUAGUUGUCAAGCCGCCACCGCCGCCGAGCAACAUCUGUCUCAGCCGAAAUGGGCAAAAGUCCGCCGUACCCACCAAUCGAACCCACCAAUUUCGACCUCAUCGUCGUCGGCACAGGCGUGCCGGAAUCCAUCAUCGCCGCCGCCGCCUCUACCGCCGGAAAAACCGUCCUCCACCUCGAUCCCAACCCCUUCUACGGCAGCCACUUCUCCUCUCUCCCCCUCGACCAACUCACCUCCUUCCUCCAAACCCCCUCCUCGCAUGACCACCUUGCGUCCGAUGGAGACUUCGUGGCCGUCGAUCUCCACACCCGCCCAAUGUACUCCGACGUCCAGAUCUCCUCCCACUCCGAACUCUCCGGAAAGUUCACCCUCGACUUGGGCGGACCUAGGGUUUUUUACUGUGCGGACUCCGCCAUUGGUCUUAUGUUGAAGUCAGGUUUGAGUCAGUACAUGGAAUUCAAGAGCAUUGAAGCUAUCUUUGUGUGCGACGGCAAUGGAAAGCUGUUGACUGUGCCAGAUUCGCGUGAGGCGAUAUUCAAAGACCAGAGUCUAGGGCUUAUCGAGAAGAAUCGGUUGAGGAGGUUCUUCAAUCUUGUUCAGGAGCACUUGGGAGCGGGAGGUUCUGAUGGUGCUCAGAACAGUGAGAGUAGGAUUCCAGAGGAUGAAUUGGAGAGUCCGUUCGCCGAGUUUUUGGAUAAAAUCCGACUGCCACCGCGGAUAAAAUCGAUAAUUCUCUAUGCAAUAGCCAUGGCAGAUCAUGAUCAAGACAAUUUAGAAGUUUGUAAAGAUGUUCUCAGCACAAAAGAUGGAAUAGACCGUUUAGCACUUCACCAUUCAUCAGUUGGCAGGUUUCCAAAUGCAAUUGGUGCUAUGAUUUACCCUGUUUAUGGACAUGAGCUACCACAAAUCUUUUCUCGUCGUGCUGCUGUUAAAGGUUGUCUUCAAGUUCUUCGAAUGCCCGUGGUUGCUUUGCUUAUGGAAGAGGGUAGCAAGAGUUAUAAAGGUGUUAAGUUGUCUUCUGGUCAGGAUGUAUUUAGCCAUCAGCUGCUCCUGGAUCCAUCUUUUGAAGUUCCAUCACCAUCUCUUAAUUCCCCCCCAGAUUUUCUGCAAGACAGUUCUGAAAUUUUUGGCCCAAGAGAUGUUAAAGGAAAGGUGGCUAGGGGAAUAUGCAUUACAACCUGUUCCUUAAAACCAGAUGCACUGAAUUUUCUAGUUGUCUUACCUCCUAAAACUCUGUACCCUGAGCAGGUUACAUCAAUCCGAGUUCUCCAAGUAGCCAGCAAUUUAUUUGUUUGUCCUUCUGGCAUGCCUUUGGGCUGGGAGCCACAGGAUAUGCUAAGAACACGGAUUCCUCUAAGGUUUGUGUUGUAUCUUUCGGCACUGUGUGAUGACGCAACUCAAGGGAAGAAGUUGCUAAAUGAAGCCAUAGGUGUUCUGGUUUCGGUUCCCAUUUCUGGGAACCCUGAAAAUGGUUCCACAGAUACAAGUGAAAACACAGAAGGGAAACCAACUUUGCUUUGGAGUUGCUUGUAUAUACAGGAGCUGACCAUGGGUUCUUUUGGAUCCAUCAUUUCUACCCCUAUGCCAGAUGGGAAUCUGAACUACAAUGAUGUUUUAGAUACAACUCUGAAGCUAUUUCACAAGAUGUAUCCUCAUGAAGAAUUCUUCCCUGAGACUGCCUCAUCUGAUAACAUUGAGGAUGAUCCUGCUGGGUUUGAUCCAGAGUUAGAGUUGUGAUUUGCUGGACUCCUUUAACAGUCAUUGCAGUGGCAUCAGUAAAUGAAAGAAAUAUAGAGGCUUUUGUGGUCUCCAUCGACAAGUUAUUUGUCCAUACGUAAAAUCAUAAUUAUAGAUACGUGCCUUUUCCACAUAAAAAGGGAAUCUUUUGUUACAAUAGAAGCAGUUGCUUGUGUGGACCGCGGUACAAAUUUUCUUUUUAUCUCUGUUUUACUUUUUAUUUAUUUAUUAGGUGAUUAAAAAAAAAAGAACAAGAACACCUAGAUGUUUCCUUUUUACAUAUAUACCCAAAAUAGGGUGGAGAACUAUUGGGUAUUUUACUUCCAAGUUAUUGCCCAAGCUGCCACAUGACUUGUAUUAUUUAAAGCAGAAACAGUAAACAGAUAUAUCCUGUCAAAAUCUUGUAAUGAAAUGGUAGUUUUGGAUCA